CAGAAAGGGAAGCCGGCGUGUUUCCUCCCCUUCUCUGUGUAAAGGAAGUGCGAAAAUAAGCAUCAGCGGCGGAGGGACCAGGCUUGGACACCUCUUCUUCUUCUUCUUCUUUUUAUUAGCUUUCGUCGCAAAGUCCACCCAGCUCCAGUCCGAAGAAGUCGGAGGAGAUCCACGCCGUCACAAUGAAGUCCAUCAGGGUUUUCAUCCUGCUGCUGCUGCUGGGAUCAGCCACACCAGUUUCAUCAUCUGAUUCAGCCACACAACCUUCAGAGAAGGCGACUACUGGUCAGUCAAAUGAAACCACUUCAAAGGCUCCAGUUUUUAAUCACUCAACAAUAAAAAGUCCAGCAACACCCCCGUCUUUAACAACUGCCAGUGCAUCAACUCUGUUGACAGCUACACCUGCUCCCAGUGGCUCAACCCCUAAAAUAACGACUGAUCCUACAUCUUCAACGAAUAUGACGACUGCUCAACCACCCAGCCAGAACACAGCAAAUAACAAUCCAAACAUCACCCAAACUUUGACAGCUACAAGUCCUGGAUCCAAAACCCCGUCUAUAACAAACAACACAAACGCGACUGCAGCCACAACAGCAAAUGCGAUGACCCAGAAUACAGAACAGAAAUCCAGUGAAUGGCCAGAAAAGGAAGCAUCUGAGCAGAAAGCUGCUGGUUCAGACAAACGACUGUGGUGGCUUCUUCUGCCUGCUGGCCUGGUUGCAGGUGUAGCCGCUCUUUUCUUGAAAUUCAAAAGUAAGAAGAUCCACGAUCACACAGAAACGAUCGACACUGGAACUGAGAAUGCAUCGUUCCAGAGCAGGCCGGAGAGCAGCAAAGAUGGAGUCAUGCUCCUAGGAGUGAAGUCAUCAGGCGGCGAAGAAAAUGCUGCCAGAUAAGGAGAGGAAAGUCUUCGUAAGUCUACAUCUGCACCUCCAACGUACUGCUGAUCUGAAGCCAACGACUGAUUUUGUUUUUUAAUUUGUGGAAAUACUUUUGCAAAGUAGGGAAAUCUCUGAAAAGUGUAAUUCCACACAUAGAAAGAGCAAGUUGUGCUUUACAACAAGCACUGUGAGGUUCUGUGCAUGUUUUGGUGGAUUUUCCCCAUGAGAAACCAGCAAUAAAAUAAAUUUUGGCUACGUUCACAUUACAGUCCCAAGUGACCCAAUCCCGACUUUUGUGGAAUCGUUGUUUUUUUUUUUUUUGGCGUGGUCGUUUACUUCCAAACAUAUGCGACCUGUAUGUGCUCUCCAGUGUGAACUGUAAACGAAAGUGUCCCGCAUGCGCAGAAGAGGGCGCAAUAACGUCACACAUAGAGAGCGUGCUCAGAGAUUUUCCAACCGCCAUAAAAAAAAAAGUAUGUUUUUUUUUGUUGUUUUUUUUUACCGUUUGCGGAAGUAAACAUGGAUGCUAACGGUGGAGCGUAGCUUGCGAUACUGAAGUUGUCCGACCGGAACCAGCAUAUAAACAACUUAAUCCUCAUUAUUGUCCGCCAUGGUUGUUGUUGUUUUUCUUCUCCGCUUGCGCGUAUCAGGACGCAGAAUAGUGACGUUUGUCGCCUAUCAAUGACGUUCAGGACCGUUAGGAUUCAGGUCACGUUUGAAAAGGUCGGACAGAUCUCAGACAUUGGCCUGGGUCGCAUUCGAUAAAAAUCCGAUCUGUGUUGUUCAGACUGCCAUAAGGAGAUCAUAUACAGGUCGCAUAAAGCGCCCCGCCCCUACAAUGGAUGAGUAUAAGUUUAAAAGUGGUUUUGUUUUCUUGUGAAAUGUAAUAUAAGCUUAAAAUUGAUAUC